AGAGCCCUCGCAGCCAUCCUUCUGAGUUCCUGGUACAGACCAGAGUUGCCAUUGAGCCAUGUGCUGUGAUUCCUCUCGAUGAUUUCCAGGGUGCCCUGUGAGAUGGAACACCCCCUUCUGGGAACACCGUUUUCAGAAUUGUUUAAGCCAGUUCAGUUGUACUGGGAUCAGAGAAGUAACUUGACAGCAACUAUCAUAUGGCAGAAAAACACCCUGGUUUAGACAUACAAUGCUUCCAGGUAUGUCUGUUAAAGAAUUUAGUCAGCAAUACACCGAAGACAUAUUUCUACCUUUUGCCAAGAAAUCAAAAACAGUGACAAGAUUUGAUCCCAGUACAUGUGGACCAAGUUUACAAUCUCCAGCAUCACUGGUGUCAUAUACAGAUGACUUCUUUAAGCAACCCAGCUGCAACUGGAAAGAAGACUACAGAGAUGCAUCUUCAGCUAUGAUGAGCAGUGCUGAAGUACAUAGACCCCACCUCCUUCGACAUUUACUGGAGAUGGAGACAUUUGUUCCCUCGGCAAAAGCAGAAACACACAGGGAGAAACUUCCUUCCCCUGCAGAACUCUAUGGGAAGAAGCGUACCUCAGCACAGAGGGCAGUUCACCAGAAACAAAGGCAGGAAUCGGUCCUUUGCCAUAUAGAAGAACUUAAAAGAAGACAGCUCAGGAUUGAUAUACUAAAAGAGAAGAUGUGGGGAGUGUCAAGAAGCAUUCACUCCAUUCCAGUCCACGAUCAAACAGGCAUUCCAGAGCAAGAAUCUGUUUUCCUUGUACCUAAAGACAAUAUGCUUGGAAUAUUUAACCAAGAAAAAGGAAACCAGAAUGCUUCAGUUUUACUUCAGAGAUCUACAGUGCUUUCUACAGAGAUGUCUACUCAACCUAGCUUUCAAUUCUGCUGCACAAAUCAUAAUGUUCCGGAUGAAGAAGAGUCCUUCAAAUUUCAUGAAGAAAACCCAGUGUCCUCAUGGUCUCCUUUUUAAACAUAAAAACUGACGGAAAGAUGACGCUAUACUGUAUGUUCUCCAUUCCUAUUUUUGAUCUCACUGUGGUUUCUGUUCCACAUUACAAUUCAUAUAGGCGGAAAAGAAAACCCACAUACAGGCUCUGAAGACCUACCAGUAGAAAAAAUGUGCUCCACCAAAAUAUUAGCAGUAUUUUUGCAAGUCUGUUCAGUUAAAACGUUAACAAUGUAAUUGUCAAAAAUAUUCAGGCUGAAAUGUUUCUUAUCAGCUUAAUGCAAAUUAGAGUAAAAUAUCAAAUGUUACAGCUACAACAGGGCAUGUUCUUAUUUUCAGAAUCUCAUUCUAUAUUUUAUGUUCUUUCCUAAGGUUCACAAUAUUUUGCUAUAUGUGCCUUAUAUUAAUGAAUUACUUGAUUUAUACUUAUUUGCAAAAAUCAUUUUAUAUGAAUGUGUUAUCUUUUAUUAUUGCUCUAAAAUACAACUGAAAUGCAUUUAAUUGUGAAUAUAGCAUGCGUUAUGUAUUCAUAUACUGUUCAUUUUUACAUUCUGUUGACAUAAGUAUUCUCAGAAAUAAAAGUAUAGUAUAUUUACAUUAGACAUUUGUAUUUGGCCUAAUAAUAUGUACUUCUUAAGAAUAAAUAUUUUUGAAAUAAACAUUACUAUGUUGGUAGACUCAGUUGUACUCAUUGUUUUAAACACUGUUGCUAUAACAAACUUGUUUCUGAAAGGGAAGCUUCAGAUAUUAUUUUUGUCUUGUUUGCUGUGAAGUCUAUCUCGUUUGAAUAGCAUUUUUAAUAAAAUGUGUACACUGGUAUUCAAAACUUUGAAAUCAUACAGAAAAUUUCUUGCUUUGAUAUAAAUUGAUACUUUGUUAUGAAGGUACCAUUAAAUUGAAAUAAAAAUAUAC